GUCUGGGCUGUACUAAGAUGAGUCAAGCAGCUCACUUCAGGUCCCUGAGCUAAAGGAUGCCAUGCCAAGGUACUGAGUAGAAAGGCGCUGUGCUGUGCCAUUGUGUGCAGAGCCAUGCCAUGAGCAGUGCUGUGCCGUGCCGAACCGGCCGCCGCCGUCCCCCUGCGCCUCAUUGGCGGCGGCGGAGCAGUCCCGGUGCGGGGCGGCCCCGCCCCGCACUCGCCCCGCGCCGCUCAGCCCGGGCGGGCGGGGGUGUCAUUUCCUCCACAGCUCGGGGCCAGGCCGGGAUGGGGCUGUAGCUGUAGCCGCCAUGGAGCGGGCCGAGGGCAGGCCCGGCGCCCCCCAGUACGUGCAUGUGCAGCUGCAGGGGGGCGCGCCCUGGGGCUUCACGCUGCGCGGCGGGCUAGAGCACGGCGAGCCCCUCAUCGUCUCCAAGGUGGAGGAUGGGGGCAAGGCUGCACUGUCCCGCCGGCUGCAGCCAGGUGAUGAGCUGGUGAACAUCAGCGGGACGCCACUGUACGGAUCCCGCCAAGAGGCCCUCAUCCUCAUCAAGGGCUCCUACCGCACUCUGAAGAUGGUUGUUCGCAGGAGGAACGUGCCCGUCUUCCGGCCCCAUUCCUGGCACGUGGCCAAACUUGCCGAAAGCCGCCCAGACGUUCCCACCAUGAACUGCCCGGCUGAUGCCUUCAGCCUCUCCUGGCCUUCAGGGUGUGAUGUCAGCACUGACCGGAGCAGCUCCAUCGGGAGCAUGGAGAGCCUGGACCAUCCCAGCCAGGCCUGCUAUGAAGGAGACCCCUCACCCGUUGACCAGGGCAUGUACCACAGCAAGCGGGACUCGGCCUACAGCUCCUUCUCUGCCAGCUCCAUCGCCUCUGACUGCGCCCUCUCUCUCCGUCCUGAAGAGGCCGUGUCCAUCGAUUCCAGCCUCCAAGGCCCCUGCAAAGCCUCUGACAGGCGCUACCUGACCACAGGGGCUGAGCCAUCUGCCAGCUGGCACCCUGAGGCCUGGCGGGCACCUGUGCCCCCCCAGCCCCCUGUCAGGAGGGACAGCCUGCGAGCAGCCCCAGCUGGCCGAGGGGACAGGCGCCAGGCGUCAGUGUCAGCGGACAUGCUGCAUGCCAAGGGCCGCUGGAUCUCUGACACCUUCCUCUGCCAGCGGGAUGGGGAGGCAGAAGUAGUGGGCAGGAGGAAACUGGCGCCAUACCCCACGAAGGACUGUCUCUCUGCUGACCAGUAUUACAUGCUGAGCUCCCAGACGGACCGUUGCCCAGCUGAGUCACUCCUGGGGGAGAGCAUGGAGUCUGACAACCAGCCGUACCUGGAUGACAGCAUGCACCAAGUGCCUGAUGCCACGACAGCAGGUGACAACCCAUUGCUGUCCCCUCUCAAGGGCCACAUGUUGCACCGUCACAGUGCUCCCGAGCAACUGCUGGCCUCCCAGUUCCGCUCCCUCCAGCUGGGCACCAGCAGCGGGCGAGCCUCACCAGCCCCCAGUGGGCAGCGCUGGACCUUGUCCCCACUGCAUCCUGAGGGCAGCCGAGGGGGAACCACAGGGGCCGCCCAGGAUCCCCCGCACUGCCCAGAGCCUUGCUGCCGCCCACCGCCCUGCCGCUGCUGCCCUGAGCUGCAGCAAGCCUGCGGGCAGGAUGGCCAGGGGGCGAGCCCAGUACUCAGCAGUGAGGGGCCAGUGGAGGAGGAGAGCCGGGGAGGGGCCCGGCGGGCUGGGGGUCCUCCCCACCGCUCUGCUCAGAUGCGCCGCCGCAGCGACCGCUUUGCCACCAGCCUGCGCAACGAGAUCCAGCGGCGCAAGGCCCAGCUGCAGAAGAGCCGGGGUCCUGGUGCACAUGCACCUGGUGAGGAGCCAGUGGAGGAAACUGAGGAGCCCCCCGAGGGCAGUGUACUGGCAGAGCGACGCCCUGCCCUGCCUGAACGUCUCAGCCCCGCACCGAGUGAGGAGAGCAGGAACUCUGGCCGCUCUGCAGACCGGGGUAUCCCCACCCCUGACCCAGUGCCAGCCCCUAAAGGGCCCCUGUCCCCUGAGCGGGUGGUGCCAACAGCCAGGGGCCGCUGGCGCUGGUCCCCAGAAAACAAGCUGCAGCUGCAACACUCGCCCAGCCCCAGUGAACUGGAGGGCUACAGCCAGGGCCCAGCGGCCUGCAGCUCCCCACCACGGGGCAGCGACGAAGCCGUCCUGCUGCCCUUUGCUGACCGCCGCCGGUUCUUUGAGGAGAGCAGCCGAGUGGCACCACCCCGGCACAGCAAGCCGCCAGCAGGUGAUCCCAGCACCUUCCAGCCUCCUGUCCCUGAGCACCGGGAUGUCCGGCGCCUCUCUGUGGACCAGCCCUACAGCCCCUCCUCACCCAUCCGCCCUGGCUCUGCUGGCCCCCAUGCUGAGUGCUGCCGGGAGCAGCCCCACUGUUACAAGCCACUGGGGAGGCCAGGGGAGCUGGAUUACCUGCGGGGCUUCUCCUACCCCUGUGGGGUUCCCCUGCGCCCUGAGCCUUGCCGUUGUUGUGGAGGGGACCUGUGCCCACCACCACUGCCCCGUGGCCACACAUGCCGCUGUCACCUUAUGUCCUGGGUGCGCUGCCCUGACUGUUGCUACCCGGCUACCCAUCCUGGGCAAGAGGACAGUGAUGCCUGGCCCCCCCGGAGAGCUUUCGUCCCGGAAUUUCCUCAGGAUGAGUGGGAACCACCUGCAAUAACCAGGAAAGUCAGCCAGUCCAUCAGUGAGCUCUCCAGCUACCCACCGGGUUUCCCAAGGCUUGGCCCAUUCCACACCUGCCUUGAGAGCACUGAGCCACAGUGGCCACCCUGCUACCGGACCACAUCCACGCAUGACCUCUUGUGGGAUAGUGACCGCCUGGCCCACACUCCUGAGAGCCCCCCGGAUCCGCUGCACCGCCCACUAAGGGGCAGAGCCUUCUCUGAGAGCCACCUCAACCUGGAACCUUCCAGCCCCUGGGGCUGUGACCAGAAGGACCUUUUCUGUGCCAAGCUGGACCCUCCCAGCAUCCCCAAAAAGAAGGGCCCCCCACCACCCCGCCCACCUCCGCCCAACUGGGAGAAGUACAGGCAGCGCCGGGCAUCCCAGCACCCACCAGAUGGUGCUGGGCAUGGCUCUGCCUUCUCUGCUGCCCCAAUGCCAGUCCGCAGCAUUGCUGAGGCAGUGAGGGAGCAGUCACAGAGCCUCACCGGGGAGCAGAAAGGCCAGUCCUGGGGGCACACUGCUUGCCCCCCUGCUCCGUCAGGUGCCUGGCCCCGACCUGAGGCCCCCAGAUCACUCCGUAGGACUCCUGGGCCUGAUGCUGCCAAGGCUGAAGUUUGCAGGGUGUCAGGAGCCGGGGAGAAGCGGACAAAGAUGAAGCAGUCCUGGGAGAUGGAGGAACAGCCCCAAAGGCUCAUCCAGAACCAGGAGCAGGGCUGUGCCAGUCCCCAUGGGAUGGGUGAGUGCUCCCUGUCCCUGCAUUGUGGCUCUGGCCCUGCCCUGCCAGAGGCACUUAAGCCCAGUUCUGGGGCAGUGGAGGGGGUGAGCUGCCAGGGCAGCUGGCCCCAGCCCCGCUGCAUGGACUCCGAGGAACGGCUGUGGGACAUGGCUGUCAGGGACCAUUCCCUGGUCAGUGUCCUGGCCCCCUUGGCUUCCCCUGGCACUGCCACUGAGGUGAUGGGUGAGCUGCUGGUGGCAGGGGAGCGACAGGCCUGGCGGAAGUGUCUCCAGCAGGACUGGCACCUGGAGGCCCUGGCACAGGACAGGCAAGGUUUUGAGCCCAUCUCACUGCCUCCCAGGAGUGCUGCCAGCUCCAGUUCCUUCUCAGUGCACUAUGGUGUUGCAGUGGGCAAAACUGAGCCACUCAACAAGGUAAAGGCGCUGCCAGAGGUAAUGGAGGGGAGCUCAGAGGAUGAGGAGGAGGAGGUGGACCGUGAGCUGGUGGAAAAGAAGCUGCAGCUGAUCGAGAGUCUGAGCCGCAAGCUGGUGGUGCUGCAGGAGGCACAACGGGGGCUGCAGGAGGACAUUAGUGCCAAUGGGGCACUGGGUGAAGAUGUGGCUGCUCGCCUGCAAGCGCUCUGCACCCCAGGGGAGUUCGACAAGUACCGCCUCUUUGUGGGCGACCUGGACAAGGUGGUCAACCUCCUGCUCUCUCUCUCGGGUCGCCUGGCCCGGGUGGAAACUGCCCUGGGCAGCCUGGGGCCGCACGCCCCUGCUGAGGACAAGCUGGCCCUGCGGGAGAAGCAGCGGCUGCUGGUGGCACAGCUGGAGGAUGCCAAAGAGCUGAAGGAGCAUGUGGGGCGGCGGGAGGAGGCAGUGGGUGCCAUGGUGGCACGGUACCUGCCCGCCGAGCACCUCCAGGACUACCAGCACUUUGUCAAGAUGAAGUCAGCCCUCAUUGCUGAGCAGCGGGAGCUGGAAGAGAAGAUCAAGCUGGGCCAGGAGCAGCUCAGGUGCCUGCGCGAGAGCCUUGGCCAGGCCUCCAAGGACUGCUAGCCCCCUACCCGGUCUCCCUCCAGGAUCCUGGCUGUGAUGCCAGCUUGCUGCCAAAGAGGAUCCAGCCCCUUGUGGAUUCUCCCUGUGUCUGUCCAUCUGUCCAGCCCCUGCCUUUUAUUUAUUUUUCUGAUUUACCAAGCAGGGGAGGGAGGUUGCCAGUCCAGGUGCUGACAGGGGCUGUUGUGCCACAGAGCUGUCAUGGGCUCUGGCCACUCAGCAGCCUGUGGCCCAGCAAGACCAGAUGGAUGGAUGCUACCAGCACUUUCAUGGGUCUUUCUGUGCCCUUGAGGUCCCUCCAGAGUGUCCUGGACACCAGUGCCUAUCUUGUAUCUGGUGCUGCACCACAUGCCUUAAACAUCCCCCAGCUACUAUUCAUGCAGCACCUGAAAGGGUUAAAUCGUGCUCACCCUCUGUCAUGUCUGUUUGUCCAGCUCUGUCCAUCUGUCUGGUAAGAGCUGAAGGAAUUUCAGCUCCAGCAUCCUCUUCCUCCUCAUUGUGUCAGAAACAAUGGCCCCAGCCAGCGGGUUCUUAACCCACUCCCUGCUGGCUGAGGGACCAUAGGGGGCUGAGGUGAGUGCCAGUGGGUGCUGUGUACCUGUGCCUUGGCAUGGUGCCCUGCCAGGGCAUGGCAUGCUGAGACAAAUACACUGCUACUGUCUGUCACCAAUGCUGUGGGCAUGGAGACAACCCAGCCUCAACCAGCUCUCACCUGUAGCUUCUAGCUCAACACUGGGAGCGAUUCAUAGAGCAAAAAACCACAUUGAGGACAAAAUGGGGUACCUGUCCCCUCCUUUCUGCUGCAACAGCCACAAAUAGCACUUAGAUGUCACCCCUGUCACUGUCCACCUGUCUCCAUGGCAUGAGCAGGUGCCUUCAUACUGAUUUUGCACAGGUUUAAUGCAACCAGCAGGAGCUUGGCCCAGGGGGAUAAGCGUUUUGGGGAGGCGGGUGGGCUGCGGCGCUUUGGUGUGGCCCCAUAGCUGGACAACCCAGCCCUGGGUUCAGGCAGCAUCCAUGGCUGCCUGUGAGCUCCAGCAGCAGCCUCCCUGUAGCUCCCUGCUCUGGGCUACCCCUAGCCUGUUAAACACUACACUUCACACCUGCCUGACUGUACCGUGGGAUGGUGCCUGGCAGGAGUGGGCUCCUCCGCAUUCCCUCCAUCUCAACCACCCCUAGGAUCAUUGCUAGGAUCAAAGACUGCCCCCCCGGGGGCCAUGCUGCUCUCGUGGGGUUCAGCAGCCCUGCACAGUGCCCUGUGCUGGAGGAGCUGCCAGCGCCUGCAUGUUGCUGCAUGCCAUUGUAUCUCUAACAGUAAAGUGGCAGCAGGAGCUGCACUUCUGUUCCA